UCUGUGCCAUGAACCUGGGGGAUGGUUUAAAGCUUGAAACACAGGUUUUAAAUGGAAAGGCUCGAAUACUUUUAGCACCUUGUGAUGAUUUGGAAAAAGACACAAAAAAGGUAAAGAACAAGCGCAGAACUCGGACUCAACUGCUCAGAACCAAACAAGCAAUCCAGGAACUUGCUCCAACCAAUGAAAGCUAUUCUAGGACAGAAAAGACGGCAUUAAAACCUGCUAUAAAUCUUACUGCUGCUGUGCCUGAGAACAGUGCAAAUAAAGAACUGAUCACAGCCAAAAAUACACCAGCUAAUUCUACAAACCAUGGAGAAGCAGUGCUUAACACUGGUCAGUCUGGAAAUAAUUUGCAAAAGCCUAAAACUACAGUUAAGAAAGUUCCCACAUCCAAACAGCCACCAAGAAAUCAAAAGAUUUUGUCAGAAGACGUGAGAAAAAAUUUGCUAUGUCUGACCCAGGAGCAGCUCCAGCAGAUUUUGUCUUCUAUAACUCACGUGAAAGGAAAUUCCAAUCAAAAUCAGGAAGAAGUUAAAGAAAAAGAAGUUGAAGAAAAGGGAGUUGAGGGAGUCGUGGUUACAGAGGCAGUAACUGGGCCAGACUGCAAGGCCGCUCAGUUGAACAGCUCAUCGCAACAACCAGAGGGAGCUAAUGAAUGUGGAGUAGGUGGCAAAAACACCAACCCUGACAAAAGCACCUGCAAGCAAGGUGAAUAUGGUUUGUUCACUUGCCUUGGAGAAAGAGAAAAUGGGAAGGAACUCCUGGAAGCCAAGAAAAUCCAGUGGAAGAAAGAGCUGGAUGAACAGGUGGCAUACAAGAAACAAUUCCAAAAAAGUCUUGCACCUGAAGCUUUGGUGGAGUGGAAUCCAUGGGGAAGCCCUGGUGUAGGAACACCCAUGUCAGUGAACACAGGGAAAGUGCUCAGAGAUGGUGAAGCUAAGGUUACUUCAGCAGUGCCAUCCUCAUCAGGCCCAUCUUCUAAUGGUCGAGUGAUUAACAUUGGGGAGCACGUGCUGAAUGCACCAAUGCCUUCAGAAGCACACAGUGGACAAUCCUCUCAUUUUAGUUCUCCAGAUGUACCUGCUGCCAUCCGCUCAGUCUUUGUCCUUGGGGAAGCCGUACCAACCGAGGAUCUUUUCAAUGCAGUAAAAAGGGAACAACAGCAAAAAUGGCUUCAAGAACUGGAUAAACAAAGGGAAGAAUUAAAAGCUAGGAAAAUCCAAGAAAAGUUAAAAUAUGCUGAGACUGAAGAUCACAGCAGAUGGGCGAUGCAUUUUGAUUCUUUUCAAAAGAAAUCUGACCUCCAUUUUCCAGUUACUGUCAAUGCGAUCGGAGGAACAGUGGAAAAGCCAUUGGGAAGUUAUCAGCAAAAUGCUUUAUCUGAAUGGCAACAGCCUUCUGUUCAUUGUGUUCCUCCACCCAAUCACCUCAACACUGUGGGAACAGAUGUUCACACUGAAACUCAUCCAACAGCUACUGUACAAAAAGCCAGCUUUCUGCGUUCCAUGACGGCUUUAUUGGAUCCUGCACAGCUUGAUGAAAGAGAACUACGACGACAGAAACAGCAAGAGCACCAGAAAGCCAUAGCCGUGCAAGUGGAGGAGCGCCGCAGACACAAACAGCUGCAAGAAGAUAAGAAACGUCAAGAAGACGAGAAAGAGGAGUUACGUUUGGUACUGGAGAGAAACAAGUUGCAACAACAGUAUGAAGAAGAAAAGAAGCUCUUAAGAGAGAAAGAAAAGCAAACCACUCGUAAAACUAACCAGCUGUAUGAGGUUAUACAGCGAGCUCAAGAGAUGGCGCAACGGGAAAAACAGGAACACCGUAUGAAAGAGUUGGCUCGCAAAGGACAUGACAUUUCAAAUCUUCAGAAGAACAUAGAAGGUUGCGUGUGUCAGUCUCCAGGGCCCUGCAAUGCCCUGAGCUUUGCAUAUGAUGAGGUUAAUGAGGAUCUGGGACAGAUGUCAGGGAUAGAGGACUCUAACACAACAAAACAAUGUGUGCAGAAAGAGCAUUGUAAUCCAGCUGAGAAAGUGAUAUACAUUCGACAAGUUCUAGACCACAAUCUAGUCUGUUACACUCCAGACAUUUCUGCAGAGUACAAAAUGGCAUCUAAUGAGAAUAGAAUGAAAAAGGAGCAGAAGCCAAUUGAGAAGGUGGUUGUUGCAGGAAAAGAAAAUGUUUUAAAACAAACUUCCGGAGGCAAAUGCACUGCGAGAGUCGAGGGGAAAGAGAAACUAAGCACACGGCCGGAAUGGAACUCAAGCAAAACAAAUAAAAAGUACAUUCCAGCAUCAAAGCGCUACCCGGUAGAGUUACAGGAAGAGAGAGAAGUCAGUAAAAUGAGAAGACAGGCAGAGCUGUUGCAUUUGUUAGAAAAAAAUGCUCCAGAGCAUCGGACCCACAAGCAGCAGUGCUCAGCCGAGGCCUUGCCAGAGAAACCAUCUUCACCAGAAACCCCUGCACUCCAAGCCAAAGUCGCUGCUAAGGUUUCCUUUCAGGCUGAGGAGAAGCUUGUACGACCUUCACAAAGGAAGGAAAAAAACGAGCCAAGAAGCAAAUCAAACCGCAUUGUUCCUCCAGGCAAAGAUUACAGAUGUGAUUCUCCACCAGUUCCGGCCGUGAAGAACAAAUUGCUUCAAAUGGAGCCGAAGCAAGUGAAUGACCCUACAAAUCCAGCUCACAAUGUGAAUGUCGACCCGGACAUCAAGAGGCCUCCAUCAUCCAAAUUUGUUCCUUACGUCCGCACCGAUGAGGUGUACCAUUUGGAUCCUGACGCUCCAAUGUCAAGGCCUUCAACCAAUGACCCUCAGUACAGGCACUGCAAAGUGACUGACGACUCGCAGAUUCACAGCUCCACUGCAGGCCACGAGAAAGAUCCCUUACUGAACCCCGAUCUGGUGAGAAACCGGGAAAGGCAACAGGCUAUUCUGAAAGGGCUUUCUGAGCUUCGCCAGGGUCUAAUGCAGAAACGGAAGGAGUUAGAGACCAGUCUAACUCCCAUUGUUUUACAUCAAGAUAUUCCCUCUCAGCAUAUAUGAUAAAUUAGAAACAAACUGUUCUGAGACAGCUCAAUAUGCCCUCUGACAUUCAUGGAUCAAACAGUUAAAGCACUUUCAUUACUGGGUAAUCUGUAAACCUAUUGGAAAUUAUUGAAUGCACUGAACCACAUCUACUGGCUGCUAGUUGUUUUUAUAUAUAAUUCCUCUACGAAGUUUACAUAUCAAGUCACCCGCAGUUAUAUAAUAGGUUGUACUGUUGGGCAGCACUAUGCAAAAGUAGGAACGGCAUUGUCUUCUAAAGUGACAAAAGACUCCGUUUACUUGAAAUGAACAGCUGAGGCAACUUUGAUGGGAAGGGAAGGUCAGAUUUCUUUAGGGCUUCCUGUUCCUCAUUCAAUUUUGGACUUGCUAAGUUGAGCUUGAAGAGUUAAUGAGUUACUUUCUGUUCCUCUUUCAAUGUUGCACAUACUAUAUUGAGAAGGCUUUUCUACUAGUUGACUACUUCCAGGUGCAGAUAGAAUAAUUUUGUUUUUAGACCAGUCCUCGAAAUGUUUCCUCCCUCAGAGCCACUGUGUAACAGUGAACUGUGCCCUAUGCAGAAUACCUGAAGUAAACAUUGGGGAUUUCAGAACACUCAAAUUGCAGCUUAUUUGAUUGACCAUUACCUCUACUUUUAAACUUGUGUUAAAUGUGUUGUGUUUUUGAGUGAUUAAUAAAGCUUUGUUUUUCAUUAUUUUGGCAAUUAUGCACAACUGAAUAAAUUGUGCCAAUCAGUAAUUGUGUGAGUUUCACCUCUUAAUUUUUGUUUGCAAGUUGUUUGUCCAGUUUGGUUUAUGCGAAAUGUAUUCUAGACCACAAUUCAAACCCAGAACUUUCUGUCUGUGGCCCCAAAUCAACAUUGGUUUAGCAAAAGCCACACAGUGCCAUAUGAGUAUGUAAGCAGUACAGUAUCUACGGCACUAAAUAUGCUUAGUUACCAAGUCAGUUUAAUGCGCACAACCGAUCAUU